GUAGAACAUGACCUUUCAUCAGCUUUCCACCUCAAGCGAUCAUGAAGCACCUCCGGAUUGAUGGUCAAAGUACCGAGUUCUAGGGGGCUUGUAUGUCUGGGUUCUGUUGGGGGCGGUGGUUACGGAUAGCCAUGCCUUCGGUGGGGUUCUACAAUGAGAGUGUAGAACUUGACUGGCACUUCAGGGCCUUCAGGGCUCUCAACACCUAUUCGAGUUUUGAGCCUCAAAAAGUGGAGCGUUCCCGGAGGUCGUUUUUUUCCAUCUGAGCCAAAUCUGAUCCCUGAAACUUUGAUCUCGGUGGAAGAACUGCGGACCCCGUUGCACGCCGCGGCUGUCGUUGUUUCUGGUCAGAGUCCCGUGCCGGGCACGCGGCAGCCGCAUGCGCCGGGUCCGCUUGAGGGCUCAGGCCAAUGAAGUGGUCUGGGGCAGGGGCCCCAUGCCUGGUGCUUCUGACCGUGAGCCUCGUGGAGGUGUCACACAGCAUCGCCAUCCAGUCCUAUGCUGAACAGUUGAAGGAGGCACAAGCGGCGGAGGUGCAAAGCGAUCGCUUCUACGCCGAGGUGGCGCUGGCACAGGAGGCGGACGAACGGCAUCUGGCGGAACUGGCAGCUCCGCAGGUCUCCGUCUCCACGGCACUGGCGAUGCUUCGAGGUGUGCUGGCUGAUGGCAAGGCACGGGUGGCCAAGCUGAACAAGCAAGAGGAGGAGUCCAAAGAGCUCUUCCAGAAACAGGAGCGAAGCCACCAGGAGAAGGUCACGAAGAUUCGAGCAAGCUUCCAAGCGAAGCGUUCUGGUGCCUCCGGCAGCGACUCAGCGUCCAUUUCUCUGCCCAAUUCGUUCGUUCCACCGACGCUGGUGGACGAGCUACUGGUCCAAGGUGCGUGAGCACGAGCACAGGCAGUUUCUGGCUGCUUUGCGGAUUCAACAUGCGACCAUGCGAAAGGUCAGCAACAUGUUGAAGAGAGCAGAAAGUCCGCACUGAGGUCAAAACCGUUCUGGAGCGGCAAGGUGUUGCCACCUCCUCGCGGGUCA